UUUGCGGAAGUUUUGGGAGCAGAGCAUCCACCAGGGCCCUCUCCGACGAGGAUACAGCAACGACCAUCCCCCCAGCGUCUUUAAUACAGAGUCGCCAAUAUGAGGAACAGAGCCAGUACCUCCUUAUCUAAGGGAAAAAUCCGUCAAUCAUGGAGCAAAUAUAACCUGUAUAAUCUGCAACGAUUCCGCACCCCAGCCACCGCGAACCGAACCUUUUUCCAACAAAAAUGGACUGCCAAGGCAACAUCGCGUGCCUACCACGGCGAGCAGGUCCGCGAGGGCCAGUGGAAGCGCAUGUUCUCGAAGCGCAUCCGUAGCGUCAUCCCCAUGAACACGACCGAUCUGGCCGCCGAUGACGGUUCGAAGGAGUCUGCUGGUCGCGGCUCUGGUCUGAGCGAGAGCAGUGGCAGGAACCGGUCCCGUCUUAUUCCUUAUACACAGAUGGCUUUCGCUCCCCUGGAGCGUCGGUUGGAUGUUGCUAUCUUCCGGUCUUUGUUUGCUAGCAGCACGCGACAAGCGAGGCAAUUUGUUAUCCACGGCGCAGUUACUGUCAAUGGACAAAAGAUGAGACAUCCCAGCUACCUGCUUAAUCCCGGUGACCUCUUCCAAGUCGACCCGGACCGUGUGAUGUACGCCACUGGUGCCCCAAAGACAGCCUUCGAGCGACGAGAGACCCGUCAGCUCAAGCAGAAGAGUGAUGAUGCUGAGGGUGAGGCCGAGGGCGCGGAAGCCGAGGCCAAACCGGAGAUCACCGAGAAGGAUGAGAAGGAGAGCAACCGAGACUCCCUGCGGGCAUUGAUGUCCCAAGCCAAGACUAUCAUGUCAACUGAUAAGGACAUUCUUCCCGCCAAACGAAAGCAGGAACUGCGCGGGUUCCAGAAGGCCGUACGCCGAGUGCUGUCCCGCUCUGACACCAGCACUGUCCUGACAGAUAGCCUGGAGGCCCAGUUCUCCGAGCUGACCCUGCUUCUCAAGGCCAAGCGGGCAGAGAAGAAGCCCGCCAAGGAGUCCAAGAAGGAGGUCAAGGAGGAGGAGGCUGCCACCACUGCCACGAAGUCAGAAGAGACCACCAGCGGCGCUCUCUCCGAGGCCUUCCAGGCUGCCGCCGAGGGCGGCGAAGUCGACACUUCCGAGCUUACCGAUGAGGAAUUCGACAUCCUCAAGCGUGCUCUGACCCAGAUGCGCGAUAACCCCAUCGAUCACUCCAAGCCCUACGCUACCCCCUGGCGCCCACGCGACUACAUGUCCGCCUUCGCUUUCAUCCCGCGCUACCUCGAAGUGAACCAGAACAUCUGCGCCGCCGUGUACCUCCGACACCCCGUCGCACGCCCCGGCUCCGCCGAGGUGCCCACUCCCUUCGGCGAGUCGAUCAGCACCCCGGCCUACGGCUGGUACCUGAAGAGACGGUGGUAAAGGAAAUAUACUCAUAGUGUUUUCCUGACCCUCCCCCCUCUUCCGUGUCUCUAUUAUUGUCUACUUCCCCCUUUUCCCACGACUGUAUUACUGGGCCUUUCCUGGACCUUUAUUUCCUCCCUCUGCUUGCAUAUUUCCUCUGGUGCUCAUAAAGGGACCCCUUUGAUGGGAUCAUGUUGACCAUGGUGUUAGUGCCUUAUUUUCUCGCUUUUUAUUGUCGGGGUGUCUAUGCCCCUGUGUAUCACCAUAGCCAUGAAUCGAUUGUAAAUGGAUUAAAAUACUGCUUUUCCC